ACUCCUUGGUAGAACGGGCUAGAACCUUCCAUUAUACUGAAGCUCCAUUUGCAGUAGGAAAGCACCUCAAAAGUGGAAAUUAAUUAAUUGCAAGUUUACCGAUGUAGUUUCAAUUGCAAGGAAGCAUGUGAGCAGGGAGUUGGGAGGAGACCAACACAAAUUUCACCCAAAGUCUAUAAAUAAUUGAGAUAAUUAUCGGAGCAUGGAAUGCUACACUUAUUCACAGGAUGUUACCGACAAUGAUGAACACCUUGAUGGACAUCGACCACCGAUACCACUUGUUGUGAAUGGCAUUGCCUUAGAACCAAGAAGUUGCCCUAAACCUGUCGUCGCCGAUGUCGCACUCUCAAACGUAUUACCCAAUUCGCAAGACAGCGAGAAUGACCUUGCUAAGCCUCCAAAUGGGUUGUGUUCGACGCGUUACCUGGAGGGUCCGUUUCACUGGAGCAGCUUUACCCAAGAACUGAUUUUAGCAUCGGGAUUUUACGGGUUUCCCUGGUUGCAACUUCCCGCGGGUUUUUUAGCCGAUACUAACGGGAAUGCUGCGGUCUGGCUGUUGGCGAUUAGUUUUGGAGUACCUGCAAUCUGCACUCUUUUGACGCCACUGGUUGCCUAUCAGGGGGUACCUUUAUUAAUAACGAUCCAGGUGAUUUCAGGCCUUACACAGGGCUGGACCUUUCCUGUUUUUAUAGCUUUGAUAGGAAGGUGGGCGCCCCCGAGUGAACGUAGUCGCCUUGUUACCAUCGGAUCAUCAGGCAUACCAUUGGCUCAGGUCAUAGGUCAGCCUAUUGCUGGUCUCUUGUCAAGCUCAGAGUCUACUGGGGGAUGGCCUUCAGCAUUCUAUUUUUCAGGAGCACUUGGUGUACUAUGUUCCAUCGCCUGGGUGUUUCUCGUGUACCCAUCACCGUCGGCUCAUCCUCGAAUCUCACCAAAAGAACCAAAUUAUAUUGAACAAAAUCUACGCCUUGAAAGCAGGGUGGGAGAAGGAGGAGGAGAAGAAGAAUUACCAAGGAGAAGCAGACGUACAUGUAGAAUGGGGGAGCAGUAA